AUGGAGGAAGCACUGUUGUUUCAGAAGAAGAAGAAGAAGCUCGUUUUCUAUUCUGUGAUGCUUGCUUUUAUGCUUCUUUUUCCCCUUGUUUCACCUUCUCUCUGUCUCUCUCUCUAUUUUGUUGUCUUUCGAGCUGUUUUUGCCUCUGAUGAAUGCGGACUUAUAAAAGUUUUUACUAUUUUUUCCACUGUCUUUUCGAUUGUGAUUUCUGCGAAACGGAAGCUUGUUUGGAAUUUGUCAAAUUUGAACUUGGGUGGGGAGAUUUCACCAGCCAUUGGAGACCUGAAGAAUCUACAGUCCAUGUAUGCUUUCUUUGCUAACCCUGUUGAUUUGGUGUUCUUGCUCAUUGUAACCAGGAAUUUUCAGGGCAACAAAUUAACUGGUCAAAUUCCUGAUGAGAUAGGCAACUGUGUUUCUCUGAUGCUAGUGGAUUUAUCUGAUAAUUUACUAUAUGAAGAUAUACCAUUCUCAAUAUCCAAACUUAAGCAGCUUGAGUUAUUAUUGUUUAAGAUAGAUAAGUUUUUAGUUCUGCCAACCAAGGGCUUGAAUAAGCUCUGUAAAUGCAGGAAUUUGAAGAACAAUCAAUUGACUAGUCCUAUCCCUUCAACAUUAACACAGAUUCCCAAGCUCAAAACUCUGGACCUUGCUCGUAACCAGCUUAUUGGUGAGAUACCGAGGUUAAUCUAUUGGAAUGAAGUAUUACAAUAUCUUUUUACUCUGGACAAACUAUUGGUUCGUCUAUCAUCUGGUGGUAAUUAUGUUUGCAGAGGGUUACGUGGCAAUUCUUUAACUGGAACCCUGUCCCCAGAUAUGUGCCAACUAACUGGCCUGUGUGAUGUAAGAGGCAAUAACCUAACUGGAAAAAUCCCUGAUAACAUUGGCAAUUGUACAAGCUUUGAGAUCUUAGAUAUCUCAUACAAUCAGAUCUCUGGGGAGAUUCCAUACAAUAUUGGCUUUCUACAAGUGGCCACUCUAUCUCUGCAAGGAAAUAGGCUGACAGGGAAAAUUCCAGAGGUGAUAGGUCUAAUGCAAGCCUUUGCUGUUUUGAAGUUACAAAAAAGGCCCAAGAAGAGGCUUCUGAGCAUGUGAGAUGUCUGGAAGAAGAUUUGGGAAAGUUGAGUACAAGUUUUUUGUUGAUGGAGAAUGGCGGCAUGAUGAGCACCAACCAUUUGUAAGUGGAAAUUAUGGGGUGGUGAACAGUGUCUUCUUAGCUAGGGAGCCUGAUGGGUAGAUCUAGUAUGGAUGUGGAUAAUGAUCCAUUUUUUCAUUUUUUGGAAGCAAAUUAUCUUACAAAAGCUUUUGUAAUACAAGUUGGUCUAGUUGAUAAGAACAAGGCUAUGUGUGACUUUUGGCUGGUGUUGAUUUUUGCUGCCAUAGGACUGCUGAUUUUUUGGUUGAGAAUUGUGAAUUUAAUUUUUGAAUAUGUUAUUUUGUGGGUAAUGAUGAUUGGAUAUUAAAUUGAAUAGGAAAGUGAAAUAAUGCUGCAUUUAUUA